UUAAAUUUGGUUUGCUCUCAAAAAUAAUAUGCUGACAUUCGAUGUUCUCUCUAUAGAAGAAACAAUUACAAUACUCGGACCUAAUAAUAACUAUAUUACAUUUACUUUCCCAAAAUCAGAAGAAAUUUUAAACAGAAGUUACAAGAAGAACCUGAACGCUUUUUUUCUUUUUCAAAACGAUCUAAAAAAAGCAAUUAAAAAAUCAAAGAGUUCAUCAAAUCAAUUUGUUGAAUUCAUAAACAAUAUCCCUAUUAUUUGGGAUAAAACUCCAGAAACAAUAAAAAGCAAGUAUAAAGUUCUCUCUGGAGAACUCGAAAAGUUAAAUAAACCUUCCGGCCUUACAAUUGUAUCCUACGAUCCGGGCCAAAAAAAAAAAUAUAAAAGAAGACCGAAGGAAAACUAUAUUCGUCAACGUAAUGAUAAGAUAAAUAAAGAAAAAAAAAAUUUAGAUAAAUUAAGUGUUGAUAAGAAUUUUUCUUUAAUGAAUCCUGAAGCGAAGCCUCCGCCAGUCAUAAGUUCCGUAGUUCCUCCGCUUGAAUUAUCUGGAGUUUUUAUGCUGCCACCGGACGAAAGUUCUGUAUCGCCUCCUCUUCAAUUGAUGGAUCUUAUGAAAAAUACUAGUCUUAUUCCAGACGUAAGCUAUCCUGUGAUUCCUUCAAAUCCUCUUCCGGACGUGAUUCCUUUGCCUUCCCAGUUUCAAUCUACGGAAACCGAUUUUUUUAUGGAGAAUACGGCUAUAUAUGAUCAAUAUGCGGAAUAUUUUAGAUUGAAAAAUUAUGAGAAUACUGUUGAUUAUUUUGAUUAUUCAAACUACGCAAACAAUUUUCUUUAGUUUUUUAUCUUUUUUUUUGUUUAUUUAAAUGUUAUUUCAAUUCAUCUUUUGUGCGUUUAUGAUAUUUUUUCAUUCAUUUUUUUUUCAAACUGUAUCUAAAU